AUGGUGAUUACAAUCAUUGCUAUAGUUGAAAAGGUUUUGGAUAAAUCCACUACUGAUGAGGAAAUUUAUGUGGAGAAACCUUUAAUGUCAUAUAGUUUUGAUCUGGGAAUUAAUUCAUAUAAAUCAAUAGAGAAAAUUUAUACAGAGAAAUCUUUAAUGCCAUAUAGUUUUGAUCUGGGAAUUGAUACCAUUAAUAAUAAUUCAUACAAGUCAACAGAAAAAAUUAAUGAUAGUUUUGAUCUGGGAAUUAAUGCCAUUAAUAAUAAUUCAUACAAGUCAACAGAAAAAAUUCCUUAUAGUUUUGAUCUGGGAAUUAAUACCGUUAAUAAUCAUUCAUACAAGUCAACAGAAAAAAUUCCUUAUAGUUUUGAUCUGAUGGGAGUUGGUAACAAUUCAACAAUAACAACGCCAAGUAUUUCAGUAAAUAAUAAAAAACAAAAAUGGCAAAAGAAAAAAAUGCCAAAUAUUUCAGUAAAUAAAAAAAAUCAAAAAUGGCAAAAACAAAAAUGGCAAAAGAAAAAAAUGCCAAGUAUUUCAGUAAAUAAAAAAAAUCAAAAAGGGCAAAAGAAAUGUGAUAAAUUUAGCUUAAAACCUUUACCACCCAUCAUUAAGAAUCUUGGAAAUGAAAGCACUCGUCAGAAGGCCAAUAUGGAUCUAACACAAUAG